UUGGGGAAGAAAAAAAGAAAAACGUGAAGAGAUUCGGGAGCUCUGAAUUUUCUUACCUGCUUUGUGGAAACUGGAAAGUGAAGCUCGAGAGAGAGAGAGAGAGAGAGAGAGAGAAUGAAGGACGAGGACGUGAGCUCGCAGAACGUAAACCCUAGGAGUAACCGGAACAGUGUUGCCUCAGCGUCGGCCUCCGUCUCCGCUGUCGACAGGUUUCGCCGUACCAGAUCGCCGUCGCCGCCGCAAACUCCGGCUGCCAGCUCUGCAGGGGCAUCAUCUCCUGCUGUUCCGGUGAAUGCUGGUAGUGUGAACUGGUCAGGUCUGGGAUCAUCAGGGAUUUCAUGUAGACCUUGGGAUAGACUAGAUUUACUUAGGCGUCUUGCGACUUUCAAGCCUUCAAAUUGGCUUGGGAAACCCAAAGCAGCUAAUUCUUUGGCCUGCGCUCAGAGAGGCUGGGUCAAUGCUGACCUGGACAAAAUUCAAUGCGAAUACUGUGGCGCAAUCCUGCAUUUUCCUAUGCAGUAUUCAUUGAAUCAUCCUGAAGCUGAUAGCACUGUGGAAGAAUUCUCUAAAAAGCUGAACGGAGGGCACGAGAGCUCUUGUCCUUGGCGAGGAAAUAGCUGUCCAGAAAGUUUAGUUCAGUUUCCUCCAACUCCUCCAUCAGCCUUGAUUGGUGGUUAUAAGGAUCGUUGUGAUGGGCUCCUGCAAUUUUACUUUCUUCCAAUUGUUUCAUUGCGUGCCAUUGAGCGGAUGCGUGCUUCAAGGGGAUCACAAAUUGACCGUUUGUUGGCACAAUCCCAGCUCUAUGGCAAUGAGGAUCUGACUUAUAGAAUGGAAAAUGCCUCAGGAUCUGGAACCUCUAAAGAAGAGGCACUCAAUGUUUACUCUCGUGCACAAAAGCUGAUAAGCCUAUGCGGAUGGGAGCCUCGAUGGCUUCCAAAUAUCCAAGAUUGUGAGGAACAUUCUGCCCAAUCAGCUAGACAUGGAAACCCCUCUGGUCCAACCAGAGAUCGAGGUCAUCUUCAAGAUCCCGGUCCAAGCAGGAAACAACUCUCAGCUUCAUCCAGAAAGGCCUCUGGAAAUUAUGAAGCUCUGGGUCGAGAGUAUAAAUCGGAGUCCAGAUCGCCUCUGCUUGAUUGUAGUUUGUGUGGUGUGACCAUCAGAAUUUGGGAUUUCUUGACCAUAUCUCGGCCAAUUCCAUUGGCUCCUAACAGUACUAAUCUUCCUGAAACAAGCAAGAAAAUGGGGAUCACACGUGGUAUUAGUGCUACUAGUGGAAUCAAUGGAUGGGUCAUGGGCCAAGAGCAAAGCGAAGAUAAUGAGGCUGCAACAUCAGAGAAGAAGAAAUUAGUAUCUAGUGUUGGUUUAAGUUUACAUCAAGCUGCAGGUGGUGCAUCAUCCUCUGCACAGCUUAAUAUGUCGGUGACACGUGAUAAUUACCAAGUUACCGACAGAGAAAGGGAGCUGCUGCGGAGGCAGCCUUCUGGCAGUGAAGUUGGUGAUCGUGCUGCUUCAUAUGAAUCACGAGGGCCAAGUACUCGUAAACGGAGCUUGGAUGAUGGUGGAAGCACAGCUGAUAGGCCUUAUAUAGGGGUCCAACAAGCCGACAGUGUUGAAGGAACUGUUGUUGACCGUGAUGGCGAUGAAGUUAAUGAUGGUAUACGGGAUUCAGUAGGUCCUUCAAAGCGUACUCGAGGCUCUGAUGUGUGCGAAACGUAUCGUCCGUUUUACGGACGUGAUUCUUCUAUUGCAGGCCCUAGCUGCUCUUUGGACGCUGAAAUGGAAAAGGAAGUAAACAGAGGUGAUCCAUUUAGUGAAGGAAAUGAACAAGCUAUGGUUUUCCCAGUCACUAGAGAUUCCACGCAUGUCUCUUCUGUUAUUGCAAUGGAUACAGUUUGCCACGGUCCGAAUGAUGAUUCCAUGGAAAGCGUGGAGAACCAUCCAGGAGAUUUCGAUGAUAUAAAUUUCCCCUCUGUCGCAACAGCCCAAAGUGCCGAUUUGAAUGAUCCGUCAGAACUGAAUUUCAGCAAUCAAGCUCAGCAGAGUGCUUGCUUCCAACCAGUUCCUGUUCGAUCUAAUGCUGAACCAGGUAUUAGCAGCAUAAAUGAUGGUGAGGAAGUGCUGAACACAGAGACUGUCACUGCGCAUGGGAGAGAUGGACCGAGUUUAGGUGUCAGCGGGGGCAGUGUUGGAAUGGGUGCAAGCCAUGAAGCAGAAAUCCAUGGAGCUGACAUUUCGGUCCAUAGGGGAGAUAGUGUUGUAGGAGACAUAGAACCAGUUGCUGAAGUUAUCGAGAAUCUGGGGCAAAGUGGUGAAUUUGCACCGGAACAAGGCCUUACUGAUGAUUUUGUUCCAGAAGAAAUGAAUCGGGAAGAUAGGCACGGGGAUAGUCAAGAUAGGGUGUCCCAGUCCAUUGGAAGGGCAGAUAGUGGCUCGAAAAUUGUUGAUUCGAUAAAGGUAGAAUCUGUUGAGAGUGGUGAAAAGAUGAGUAACAUGCAUGGCCAUGGGUUGGUGAAUGAAGAUAGUGUUCACCCGUCCCUGUCUUGCAAUGCCAUCAUGUGUUCCGGUUAUGAAGCAUCUAAGGAGGAAGUGACUCAGACUGGAAAGGAGUCUCCAUCCGCAACCGGUUUCGCACUUCCUGGGUCAAGUUACACCGCCAAUGACCAAGGGCCACCAAUCGGGGAAAGCAAUGACGAAGUCAUGGAGUUUGACCCGAUAAAGUACCACAACUGUUACUGUCCGUGGGUGAAUGAAAAUGUGGCAGCAGCCGGUUGUAGCAGCAACAGCUCAAGCUCUUCGGGUUUCACCGAGGCCGUUUGCGGGUGGCAACUAACUGUAGAUGCCCUUGACUCGUUCCACUCGCUCGAGAACAUGCAGAUCCAGACAAUGGAAUCGGAAUCAGCCGCAUCUCUUUGCAAGGAUGAUCACCGAACUCCUUCCCAGAAGCUGUUGAAGCGGCAUUCCCUUAUCAGGAGCCGUGGAAAAAAGUAGAGGGACGGCUUCUUUCUAAAGCUUAAACACUUCCCUUAUCAUGUUCUUGAUCACUUCAUGAAAUCCAAUCUCUGUUUUUUUUUUCUAAAUUCCAUUAGUAAAAAUAAUAAGGAAACUCUCGUGGUGUGAGAUCAUUAGCUUUCUACAAUUAUAUGUAUUAAACAGUAUACUUAUCUCUGACGAUUUGUGUGCCGAGCUUUGUUGCUGAUUGUUCUUUCUUUUUUUUCCGACCAGAGUUGGACCAAAGUCUAGACUAAUUUAGUUUGUAUAAUCGGUUUGGUUUUAUUUUA